GGAGAGAGUGUAUCCCACAAGUGACGUCAUGUCACCUGCUGCCGCGUGACGUCACGAGAUACCAGGAAGCUGCCGCUCCGCGCGCGCUGUCACUGAGAUCCGAGGGGAAAACCGGAGGGUCCGGAGGAAAAUCCACGCGACCACGGGGAGAGAGACACGCAAACUACAAAUGUACAUCCAUAAUACAGAAUUGGUCUGAUGGAGCAAAGUCAUUCAGCGCAGCUCGCUACAAAAAGGCAACAAUGUGACCAGUAUGCAAACAGCACGGAUCGUACUGGAAGCUUGAUACAACACCAGAGAAUUCACACAGGAGAGAAACCCUUCAAGUGCUGUGUGUGUGGGAAGGAAUUUUUAGAUUCCUCUACUCUUAAAACACACAAGAGAACACACACAGGAGAGAAACCAUUCAAGUGCACUGUGUGUGAGAAGACAUUUGCAGGGUCAUCAGUUCUUCAGAGCCACCAGAGAAUACACACAGGAGAGAAACCCUUCAAGUGCACUGUGUGUGAGAAGACAUUUGCACGGUCAUCAGUUCUGCAGAGCCACCAAAGAACACACACGGGAAAGAAACCCUUCAGGUGCACUCUGUGUGGGAAGGCAUUUGCAGAGUCAUCACAUCUUAAAAAACACAAGAGAACACAUACAGGAGAGAAACCCUUCAAGUGCAAUGUGUGUGGGAAGGCAUUUUCAGAUUCAUCUACUCUUAAAACACACCAGAGAACACACACAGGAGAGAAACCAUUCAAAUGCACUGUGUGUGGGAAGGCGUUUGCACAGUCACCACAUCUUAUAACACACCAGAGAACACACACAGGAGAUAAACCCUUCAAGUGCAGUGUGUGUGGGAAGGCAUUUUCAGAUUCAUCGACUCUUAAAACACACCAGAGAACACACAUAGGAGAGAAACCAUUCAAGUGCACUGUGUGCAGUAAGGUGUUUGCAAAGUCGUCAUAUCUUCAAAGACACCAGAGAACACACACUGGCGAGAAACCAUUUAAGUGCACUGUGUGUGAGAAGGCAUUUGCACAGUCAUCAGUUCUUCAGACCCACCAUAGAACACACACAGGAGAGAAACCCUUCAAGUGCAGUAUAUGUGGGAAGGCAUAUUCAUGUUCAUCUAUGCUUAAACAGCACCAGAGGACACAUACAGGAGAGAAAUCCUUCAAGUGCACUCUAUGCGGGAAGGUGUUUGCGCAUUCAUCACAUCUUCAGAUCCACCAGAGAACUCACACAGGAGAGAAACCAUUCAAGUGCACUGUGUGUGAGAAGGCAUUUGCACAGUCAGCAGUUCUUCAGACCCACCAGAGAACACACACGGGAGAGAAGCCCUUCAAGUGCAGUGUAUGUGGGAGGGCAUUUUCACGUUCACAUAUUCUUAAACAACACCAGAGGACACAUACAGGAGAUAAACCCUUCAAGUGUACUCUGUGCGGGAAUGCAUUUGCAGUUGCAUCUACUCUUAAAACACACCAGAGAACACACACAGGAGAGAAACCAUUCAAGUGCACUGUGUGUGGGAAGUCAUUUCCACAGUCAUCACGUCUUUUAACACACCAGAGAACACACACGGGAGAGAAACCCUUCAAGUGCAGUGUAUGUGGGAAGGAAUUUUCACGUUCAUCUAUGCUUAAACGACACCAGAGGACACAUACAGGAGAGAAACCCUUCAAGUGUACUCUGUGCGGGAAUGCAUUUUCAGCUGCAUCUACUCUUAAAAUACACCAGAGAACACACACAGGAGAGAAACCAUUCAAGUGCACUGUGUGUGGGAAGUUGUUUCCACAUUCAUCACGUCUUAUAACACACCAGAGAACACACACGGGAGAGAAACCCUUCAAGUGCAGUGUGUGUGGGAAGGCAUUUCCACGUUCAUCUACUCUUAAACGACACCAGAGGACACAUACAGGAGAUAAACCCUUCAAGUGUACUCUGUGCGGGAAUGCAUUUUCCGAUUCAUCUUAUCUUAAAAAAUACCAGAUAAGACACAGGCAUCAGAAGAUCCCCAAAGAGUGGAGUCUGAGAUCGACUUGUAAAAGUGCUGCAAUGAGCCCAUCCCUCAUGAAACAAGAACCAGAAGAAAAUCCCAGCUUGGACACUUUAAAAGAAAUCAAGGUGAAAUAUGAAGAGAUGAAGGUGAAGAGCGAAGUAGUGAAGGUAAACUCUGAAGAUGAAUAUUCAACUCCAAAAUCGGACCUUCACAUCGAUGGAAGUAACGUGAAGCAGGAGGAGAAUUCUGACUGUGAGGCAGAGCAAGGCAACUCCCAGAAGUUUGUGGAAGUGGAGGUGUGGGUGGACUUCUUAGACAAUACAAAGUCAAAUGGAGACCAGGUAGAUGUGCAAGCUAUAGGCAAUGAAGCUCCAAUAGAUUGACCUUGUCACAGGCCUGUCAUGAAAAGAAUGUGAAGUUGGGCCUGUGGGUUGGGUAGAUCUCUAACCAGGAGCGAGAGCCAAUAAGCUCCCAAGCAUUCACCAUGUUAUAAUAAUAUUUACAUUUAUAUGGUGCUUGCUUAAUUGCCUCAGUAACUCGGAGUUUUGUAUAAUAUCUCAUCACACACUCGAAGGGCAUCUCCAAGUGGCAGCUGCCCCUGUGUGGCAUUAGAUGACCUUCAGCCUGCAUGUGGGAAUGAGUCUGUCAGUAGGGAACGAUGAUUGAUGUGUUAUCUCAGUUGUGUAACACUGGUAUUACAUUUUUUAGACAUCCUCUGCUUGAGGGAUGAAAUUUGCUGUUUAUUAUGAUUUUUACGUGCUGAAUUCAAAUAUGCCAAUUAAAACAACUUCUCAAGAUAUAAUUUUUUACAUUUUACGUCUGUAUAUUGUGUUGAUCGUAGAGUUUUACUAAUAAAUUGUAAACCUUGGUCUUUUCAUAUUUGUAUGGUUGCU